AUGUUCACUGAUAAGAAUUCCCUAUAUAACACUCGAUGGGAGUGUUGGAAUCUAGUUAAAAAAGAGGAUGAAGUCUUUGUCACGUAUGCCGGGACCGUAAACAGAAUGUGUGAAAGGUUUAAACUGAAGGAACUAACUCGUGAUAUGUUUAAGUGCCUUAUUUUCGUACAAGAGCUGGCGGCAAACAAAGAUGCGGAGAUACGUGCAAGAAUUCUCACAAAAAUUGGACAAGCGGACCAGAGUUUAACCCUGCAGACAGUUGCAAAGGAGUGUCAAAGACUGGUAAACUUGCGGACAGAACGUAAUAAAAAAUUGAAGAGAAAGAUUUCUCACAAGUACAGGCAUGUCAACUGGGAAGGAAUAAACAAAAGAAAAUGUCAGGAUAAAACCCAUGCUACGGAUGUGGAGACCUACAUUUCAAGAAGGAUUGUCCUUUCAAAACGCAAGAAACGUUACAGCUGCCAAAACAAUAGGACACAAGAGCUCACAUUGCAGAGCAAAGUUAGGAAGUUCGAACUUAAAAAUUCUAAAGUUUUCUCAACGGAAAGUAGAAACGACACCAAAAAGAGAAAAUUUGUACAUGUAAAAGCAAACAAACGAAGUGUAUGUUAA